CGUGCAUCUUUAACUGAGGGGUGAGAGAGGAUGAAAAGAACUGAGAGAGAGAGAGAGAGAGAGAGGUGAGAAAAGUGUUGGACUGCCUCCUCAGUUAAACAUGGGAAUACGUUCACGUUCAGUGUGUCGGAUUGAGCUGAACUAAAGAACUGAGGCAGCAAUGUGGGACUCAACCCGGGGAUUUCAAGGGUGCAGUGAGCCACAGCCAUGGCGUUGGUCCAGUCCCACCCAGUAGCCUCUGACCGUCAACCCUCAGGUCUGGAGAGCCAUCGGCAUCGCCCCUCUCCGGUUUCCCCAACCUCUCUGGGGGCCAUGGGCUCCGUAAGCAGCCUGGUCCCCAACCACCCCGCGUACCACGGGCAGAACAACCUGGAUGUCGCGGCCCAGCUCCGUCGGGGGACUCCUGGUUCGGGACGACUCCUCUUGGAUUCUUCAAACGAGGGAAUUUUCGGAAGUCGAACGCCAUCGAGCAAGAGAAAGGCGAUCGCGGCUCGCGGGAAAGGAUUCGGUGGGAGAUCGUAUUCUCACGAAGACCUGAUCACAGACUGGACCGAUAACUGGUUGGAUUCAGGACAAGCUGGAGUGGAGAUGGGAGUGGAUGGACCUCCUAAACUUGUUCCUGUGUCCGGACAGUUGGAGAGGAACAUUCAACAGGCUAUCAUUCGACCGACGGCCUUCAAGCCGGUGGUGCCAAAGAGCAAAAAUGGCAUGCAGUACCUCUCCCCACGACUAGGAGGCGGCCUAUCCGGGAGUCAGGGUAACCUCAACCUGCUCCCCCCAGAUCAGGACCUCAUCUCGCCGGUCACCACAGAGCGGCGAAGCUCCUACAGUGGAGCCCGAAACGGUUUAUUCAGCCAGUCUUUUACCAUGACGGACUCAGAACAGAGCUCUUUAGGCGGCCAUACGGUGUACAGCAACCCCAUCUACGGUUUAUGUCAGCCAGAAGCGACCAAGCCUGUACUCAGCCACGGACACUCCAAUUCGGACAGCGGGCGCUCAUCCUCUAGCAAAAGCACCGGGUCUCUGGGAGGCCGGAGUCAACCAGGAUUAUCGGACAUGGGGUCUGGUGGACCGUCGCCUCCACCGAUAGAGGCCUAUGAGGCCAUUGUGAGAGACCUGGAGGAGAAAUUAAGGGAAAGGGAGCUGGAGUUGCAGCAUCUCAGAGAGAACCUGGAUGACAAUGAAGUGGCUAUUUGUCAGGUGUAUGAAGAGAAACAGAAACGUAGCGAGCUGGAAAUGGAAGAGCUGCGACAGAGCUGUGCUACUAAAAUGCAGAAGGCGUCGCACAAAGCUCAGCGCGCGCAGCAGCUCCUGCAGUUGCAGGUCUUCCAGCUUCAGCAGGAGAAGAAGAAGCUGCAGGAUGACUUUAACCAGAUUUUAGAGGGACGCGAGCGGCUCGAGGAACGAUGCGCCUCGUACGAACGGGAGCACACUCAGCUGGGACCCCGACUGGAGGAAACCAAGUGGGAGGUGUGUCAGAAGACGGGCGAGAUCUCUUUGCUAAAGCAGCAGCUGAAGGACCUGCAGGCCGACCUGGCGCAGCGCGUAGGGGAGGUGGUCACUCUCCGCGGACAGCUCCGGGAGGCACGAGCCGAGCUCCAGAGCUGUCAGGUUCAGCUGCAGGAGGCGCACACCGACUCCCGAACGAGCGCCCUCGAACUAGAAGUGUGCGAGAACGAGCUCCAGCGGCGCAGGAGCGAGAACGAGCUGCUGCGCGAGAAGAUGAGCCGGCUGGACGAAGAGCUGGCACGGCUGCGCCAGACGCUGAGCGACUACGCCGAACCCGGGAUGAACCCCGGGUACAGAGGGGCGAAAGGCGGAGGGGGUGGGGACGAGCAGAGAACAGGUAGCGACGGCGACGAGGUCAAAGGUCAGCGGGAGGGUUCGAGGCAGCAGAUGGAGAGGAUGAAGGGCGAGCUGUCGCGGGAGAGGCAGCUGGUCUCCUAUCAGGCGGAUGCGUUCGAGAACGAGCGGAGGUGCUGGGAGGAGGAGAAGCAGAAAGUGAUCAGGUAUCAGAAGCAGCUGCAGCAGAACUACGUGCAGAUGUACCGGCGGAACCGCGACCUCGAGGCGGCGCUGCGGGAACUCCAUCUGGAGCUGGAGAAACGAGAGCAGGACGAUGAGAGCAGCGGCAACGAGGUCACCUUCGAUGAUGUUGCUGCAACUGAGAUAUAAAACUACAGAGAUUCGAACCACACUGCAUAUGUAAACACAGGCUAAUCAGUGCGCAGUUCCAGUAAGGAUUGUUGUUUAUGGGCGUGGCCUGUCCAGCUUUUUAUGUUCCAGCUAAUUUAAAUAUGCGCUAUGUGGUCAGAAGUAGCUCAGGGAAAGUGGUAGCUCAGUGGUUAAGGUACUGGACCACCACUGCCAAGUUGCCGCUGUUGGGCCCCUAAGCAAGGCCCUUAACCCUCAAUUGCUCAGACUGUAUUCAGUCAUAAUUGUAAGUCGCUUUGGAUUAAUCCCGCGAAUGUAAAUGUAAAUAUAAUGUAAAGUAUUGGGACACCCCUUGUAAUUAUUGAAUUUCUUGUGCGGUUUAAAGAAUCUACAGCUCUAGAAUGAACUGGAACAUCAAUUCAUGCUUUCUCGACCAACAUUAGUGCCCCAUUAGUGACCUAAAUGGGCACAAAUUCCCACAGAACAUGCAUCCAAGUAUUGUGAGACGCCUUCUCAGAAGACACACAGGGGUCACUAUAUUUUAAUGCCAUUUUUUAAUGGAAUGUCCAUAAAGCUUACGGUCAGGUGUCCAAAUACUUUUGGCCAUACAAUGUAUCAUUGUGUUACUUUGUUUAUUGUAUUUUUAUGCUUUAAUAAAACCAAGAUAAUAUAAGACUAUAA